UUUCGUGCGGUGGGGCUCGGUCGCGCGGCAGCGGCAGCCGAGGCCUUUUGGUUCUGCAGCACGUGACGGUCGGGCCGCCUCCGCCGCUGUCUUCACUGCAGCGCGGGGCCAGGUGUGCGGGUGGGAGAAGGCGCAGGCACUGCCGGUGGUCCCCGGGAGGCUCGAGAUCAUGGAAGGGAAGUGGUUAUUAUGUAUGUUUCUGGUCCUUGGAGCUACUGUUGUUCAGGCUCAUGAUGGGCAUGAAGAUGAUAUGAUUGAUAUUGAGGAUGACCUUGAUGAUGUCAUUGAAGAGGUAGAAGACUCAAAAUCAGAUACCAGUAUGCCUCCAUCUCCAAAGGUCACCUACAAAGCUCCAGUUCCAACAGGAGAAGUUUAUUUUGCUGAUUCCUUUGACAGAGGCUCUCUGUCAGGGUGGAUUUUAUCCAAAGCCAAGAAAGAUGACACUGAUGAUGAAAUUGCCAAAUAUGAUGGAAAGUGGGAGGUAGAUGAAAUGAAGGAAACAAAGCUUCCAGGUGAUAAAGGACUUGUAUUGAUGUCUCGAGCCAAGCACCAUGCCAUCUCUGCUAAAUUGAACAAACCCUUCCUAUUUGAUACCAAGCCUCUCAUUGUUCAGUAUGAGGUUAAUUUCCAAAAUGGAAUAGAAUGUGGAGGUGCUUAUGUGAAACUGCUUUCCAAAACACCAGAACUCAACUUGGAUCAGUUCCACGACAAGACCCCCUAUACAAUUAUGUUUGGUCCAGAUAAAUGUGGAGAGGAUUAUAAAUUACACUUCAUCUUUCGACACAAAAACCCUAAGACGGGUGUAUAUGAAGAAAAGCACGCUAAGAGACCAGAUGCAGAUCUGAAGACCUAUUUUACUGAUAAGAAAACACAUCUUUAUACAUUAAUCUUGAAUCCAGAUAAUAGUUUUGAAAUACUAGUUGACCAGUCUGUUGUGAAUAGUGGAAAUCUGCUGAAUGACAUGACUCCGUCUGUAAACCCUUCACGAGAAAUUGAGGACCCAGAAGACCGGAAACCUGAGGACUGGGAUGAAAGACCCAAAAUCCCAGAUCCUGAUGCUGUGAAGCCAGAUGACUGGGAUGAAGAUGCCCCUGCUAAAAUACCAGAUGAAGAGGCCACAAAACCUGAAGGAUGGUUAGAUGAUGAGCCUGAAUAUAUACCUGAUCCAGAUGCAGAGAAACCAGAGGAUUGGGAUGAGGACAUGGAUGGAGAAUGGGAGGCUCCUCAGAUUGCCAACCCUAAAUGUGAGUCGGCCUCUGGGUGUGGUGUCUGGCAGCGACCAAUGAUUGACAACCCCAAUUAUAAGGGCAAAUGGAAGCCUCCCAUGAUUGAUAAUCCUAACUACCAGGGAAUCUGGAAACCUCGGAAAAUACCAAAUCCUGAUUUCUUUGAAGAUCUGGAGCCUUUCAAAAUGACUCCUUUUAGUGCUAUUGGUUUGGAGCUGUGGUCCAUGACUUCUGACAUUUUUUUUGACAACUUCAUCAUUAGUGGGGAUCGAAGAGUAGUUGAUGAUUGGGCCAAUGAUGGAUGGGGCCUAAAGAAAGCAGCCGACGGAGCUGCUGAGCCAGGUGUAGUGGGGCAGAUGCUUGAGGCAGCUGAGGAGCGCCCAUGGCUCUGGGUGGUCUACAUUUUGACUGUAGCUCUUCCUGUGUUCCUUGUCAUCCUCUUCUGCUGUUCUGGAAAGAAACAGUCCAGUGCUAUGGAGUACAAGAAGACUGAUGCUCCUCAACCAGAUGUGAAAGAAGAAGAGAAGGAGGAGGAGAAGGAAAAGGGAGAUGAAGAGGAGGAAGGUGAAGAGAAACUUGAAGAAAAACAAAAAAGUGAUGCUGAAGAAGAUGGGGGCACUGUCAGUCAAGAGGAGGAAGAUAGAAAACCUAAAGCAGAGGAGGAUGAAAUUUUGAACAGAUCGCCAAGAAACAGAAAGCCACGAAGAGAGUGAACCAAUCUUAAGAACUUGAUAUGUGAUUUUUCUCUCCCUCCCCUUCCCUUGCAAGUGUGGUCCUAGGAGAGGACCUGGCAUACCUUAGGUUGAAACUCAGAAAACCUCAAGACAUCACCAUCAACAGGUUCCAGCCGAACACUAGUUCAUGUAAUUUUAAACAUCUAGCAGUAAAUACUUGCAAGCAGUUGUGACAUAAAGGACCCUGUUUCUGUAGAAAAGAAAACAUUUAACAUAAUGGUUGUGAAAUGUAACAUGAAGCAACUAACUUGUAUUUUUUUUGUUUUGUUUUGUUUUAAAACAGCUUUUUAAAAAUAGAAUGAUAGAACUUUGUCAGUCUAAAAUGUUGGCUUAAUUUAAUAUAUUAAUUUGUCCAUUUAGAAAUAACACCAACAUUUAGAAAUGCUAUGGGGAUGGAUUGCAUUUUUUUGUAACAAAAAAAAAUUUUUUUUAAAGUUUGGUAUUAUAAAACAUUCAAGUGUCUCUGUCCCUUAAAAUUGAUAAUCAUGUUUAAAGUGCAGUCAUUUGUGGUUAUAAUUUUGUUUUGCUUGCUUCCAUUACUUAAUUCCUCCUAAGGAAAUUGAAGAGAGGGAUUGGAUGGAAGCCCAAAUUUAUAUAAAGAUUCCAUUUAAGUUGUAUUAAAAAUAGUCAUACAAAAAGAAAAAAAAAAAAAAAGCCUUUCACUUGAUGUUGGGUAGAC